CUAAUUGCAUAAAAAAAAAAAAAAAAAAAAAAAAAGGAGGAUAGAUAGCGUGAAUUAAGAGUUAGCAGUUUGCCUUUGUCCGCUCGAGCUUACUUAAAUCACUGUUUGAUGGUCUAUUGCCCGCUAUGCGUAUCAGGCUGCUGUCGGCACCAUGGCGGAAGAAAGCGGCCUCGCCAAGAUCUUGCUUCGGAGGAAUUCGUGCCUCAUGAAGGUGCUGCUGCACGAAGUGUUGCAAGUGUCAAUGCCCCCAAUCUCCGCGCCCUGCUGUUCCAAGGAAGGAACUUGUCUGACUUUCUGCGUGAUUUCCGAAAAUUUUGCCUUAUAAAGAAGUGGGACAAGAAGGCGAUGUGGUACAUGUUCCUUUUGUUCGUUUGCGAAAGCCUAAGCGAGGAGGUGUAUGCCUUCAGGCAGAAGGCGGAGACGUGGGAUGAGUUGGAGAACUCCCUAAGGCUAAGAUUCCCAGAGGAUGGAAUGGAGGGCCAACGUGGGGAAUGCUUUGUGCCCCCGGUUGUGGACACGCCACCACAGGCAGAGUUAAGUGGGCUACAAGGGCAAGUACGGGCAUUGGAAGAGAGGUUAACCCGACUGGAGGAGGUCCGGAAAGGCAAGCGGAAGGUUUUGGAAGACUCCCCAAGUGAGCCGGCCGACCAGGGUGAAAGAGGAGUGGAGAAGGAUGACCAAGAGUCGCCCCUCUCGAUAGGAACCCCAAAGAAGCGAGUCGGUGUUCGGGCGAGAGGCAAAGACGAAGGAUUCAUGGAAAUAAAGGAGGAGCGGGACGCUAAUAUGGUCCUGCCUGUUCGUGCGCCGGAUCCAAAGAGGGGGCUUGUUAUCGUGGAAACAUCCUCAGCUGCAGGUCAGGAAGGGCAGAAGAGAGGAUGGUGGUCCGAGCGUUGGGUGGAAAAGAUAGCAUCCCACUACAAGUGGAGCGAGGAGCGAAUGCUGAAAGAGGUCAUAAGGUUUAUCCAUAUAGGAUUGAAGGAUGAAGUUGACAAGUUGGUCAAAGGAGCGAGGUCAUCAUGGGGGAAAUUUUGUGAUGACAUGGGGCAUAAGUACUGGCUAGGUGAGGAGCACCCGACCAAUAACGGUCUGGAGAUGGUACCCAGGCCUUUGGUAGCCCAAGCCCAGCCCGGGAGCCCGUUGCGAUUACCGUCGCAGCAAGUGCCGCAAGGCGGCAGGGCCUACGAAGAAGGUCAAAAGCAGGCGGCUGGAAGAGGCCGCAGGAACGGUGGGCGUGGCAGCGAAGGACGCAGCAGCGGCAAAGGUAGCGCUGGAGGAAAGAAAUCGGGUUGGGGAGACGACAUUUGCAGACAUUGUGCCAAGGAAGGGCACAUAAUGAAGUUUUGUCGAGAACGAAGGGCCGAUGAAGCAAGCGGUCUAAUAAGGACAAAUAUUGAGGGAGGUGUUUUCGACAGGGCUGGGGAGCGYAUCGACCCAACCAUCCCUGGGGGAACACGGAAGGAGGCUUUGAGGCGAGAUGGAGCGUUGAGCACUGCCUCAUGAAUGUAGUCGUGAAGGAGAAGGGUUUGUGCGAGAAGGGCCUAGAAAUCUAAAUAAACUGUAAGUAUAAGCGAGAAAGU